AAGAAGCACCACCUCAUCUCCCCCAGAGAACCGCAGUCACUGACAGCUCCCAGCAUGUGCGAGGCAUUUGUAGGAAGCUGGAAGCUUGUUUCCAGUGAGAACUUUGACGAAUACAUGAAGGAAGUGGGAGUGGGUUUUGCCACAAGGAAAAUGGCAGGCAUGGCCAAACCCAGCACAACCAUCAGCAUCGAAGGCGAUGUCAUCACCAUCAAGUCGGAAAGCACCUUUAAAAACACCGAACUCUCAUUCACGUUGGGCCAGGAGUUUGAUGAAAUCACUGCGGAUGACAGGAAAGUCAAGAGUGUCAUAACCCUUGACGGAGGUGAGCUGGUUCAAGUGCAGAAAUGGGAUGGAAAGUCGACCACGAUCAAGAGAAAGUUGGUGGAUGGAAAACUUGUUGUGGAAUGUAUCAUGAAAGGCGUCACCUCCACUAGAGUCUACGAGAAGGCAUGAGGCAUGACUCUCCCCACCCAGGCCAAGGCUGGCAGGCUGGCAUUCUCCAAGCUCAGAUCCAUCAUCUCGUCAGCUGUGUUCUCCUAAUGAAACUUCUUCUCGCCAAACUGGGUCCCACUGGGCAUUCCGGAAGAAACGGUUACUCUGUUGGGUGUAGAGGAUGAAUAAACCUCCCGGAAGCUUA